GGAGGAGGAUCGUCAAAUUAAAUAAAACACUACAUUUCUGGUUUGUUUAAGUCGCCCAAGAUUAUCUCCGCCACGUUUACUGUGACCGGAACCAGAAGAGACGAAUAGUAAGGGGAGAUAAUGUCGUUUUUCUGAGUCAAGUGGCGAGCUAACAGGCUAGCUGACGUUAGCUCCAGCAGCAUCAUUACUAUAGCUGCUCAUAAUAAAAGACAUAAAAAUGUACGUUCUCUACACGAUUAUCGCCUCUUUAGUGAGUUUUUUCAUUUUGAAAUGGAUGAAACAUAGGAGGUAUUGCACCGACCUGAAAAGGCUUGAUGGAAAAACAGUUCUUAUUACAGGUGGGAAUUCUGGCAUUGGCAAGGAGUCGGCUAUUGCUUUGGCGAUGAGAGGCGCCCGAGUCGUCAUCGCCUGCAGAGACCCGGACAAGGCUGAGAAGGCUGUGAGGGAGAUCAAGUUCAAGAGCCACAGCCUUAACGUUUUUCACAUGGAGCUGGAUCUGGCCAACCUGCGCUCUGUGAGGGAGUUCUGUAAGAGCUUCCUCCAGAGAGAGAAGAGGCUGGACAUCUUGAUUAAUAAUGCAGGCAUGCCCGGUGUCCUCGACUGGACGGACGACUGCUUCAGCAUGUGUUUUGGCGUCAACCACUUGGGUCACUUCCUCCUGACAAAUCUGCUUCUGCCUCGCCUGAAGGAAUGUGCCCCCAGCCGGGUGAUCACCCUCACAUGCUCCACCUACAAAUACCAGAAACUCGACUUCCAAGACCUCAACUACAACCUGCUGCCCUUCUUCACUUACUGCCGCAGCAAGCUGGCUAACAUCUACUUCAGUCAGGAGGUGGCCCGCAUCACUGAAGGGAAAGGAGUGACCUCCUAUGCUGUGCACCCUGGUUUCGUCCAAAGUGGCUGGACGUGCCACUUCUCCAUCCUCUACAGGAUGCUGAUGCAGGUGAUCAUGUGGAUGUUUUUUGUGCCGUGUGAGAUCGGAGCUCAGACUGUCAUCUACUGUGCCGUGUCGGACGAAGCUGCCAAACACAGCGGGGGAUACUUCGUGGACUGCCGACCAGCAACUCUACGUCCUUUCGCAAGAGACGCUGGUGUGGCAAAAAAACUGUGGGAGGCCAGUGAGAGACUGGUGAAACUGGCCUAAGAACUGAUUCUUAAAGAGUUGUUAAUGUUCAUGACUCAUGCACUAUUUUUUAUUUAUUUGUUUUUAAUUAUCAUUCUCUUUUGUGUACAGUGCAGAUGUAAAGGGUUCUUGUUGUUUUUUGUGCUUCUGUAUUUUAAGAGGAAAUGUUUUACACAAAUAAAAGACCCUAAAAGUU